CCAACUCCAUCCAACUCCACCAUGGCUGCCUCCACCAUGUCUGUCUGCUCUGACGCUUGCACCAACUCCUCCUGGCAGGUGGAUGACUGCCCAGAGAGCUGCUGUGAGCCCAGCUGCUGCCAGCCCAGCUGCUGCCAGCCCAGCUGCUGUACCCCAGCCCCCUGCCUGACCCUCAUCUGUACCCCAGUGAGCUGUGUGUCCAGUCCCUGCUGUCAGUCUGCCUGCUGCAUACCCUCAUGCUGCCAGCAGUCUAGCUGCCAGCCCUCAUGCUGUCAAUCUUCUUGCUGUUUGCCUGUCUGCUGCAAGCCUGUCUGCUGCACACCCAUCUGCUCUGGAUCUUCAUGCUGCCAGCAGUCUAGCUGCCAGCCCUCAUGCUGCACCUCCUCACCCUGCUGUGUGACUCUUUGCUGCAAGCCUGUCUGCUGCACACCCAUCUGCUCUGGAUCCUCCUCAUGCUGCCAGCAGUCUAGCUGCCAGCCCUCAUGCUGUCAACCCUCCUGCUGUGUGCCUGUCUGCUGCAAGCCUGUCUGCUGCACACCCAUCUGCUCUGGAUCCUCCUCAUGCUGCCAGCCCUCAUGCUGUCAAUCCUCCUGCUGUGUGCCUGUGUGCUGCAAGCCCUGCUCCAGCAUGUCCCUGCUCUGCCGCCCUGUGUGCAGACCAGCCUGCUGUGUGCCCACCUCCUCCUGCUGUGCCUCCUCCUGCCAGCCCAGCUGCUGCAAGCCCUGCUCCAUCGUGUCCCUGCUCUGCCGCCCUGCCUGCUCCAGCCAGGCCUGCUGUGGCCUCUCCUCGGGACAGAAGUCCAGCUGCUGAUGGGUCCAUCCCCUGGGGAUCCCUCACAUCUCCCCCUAGUCCUUGAGCUGCCUCAGAUGCUUAGGCCCUGCCUAAGCUUGGGUGUUCCAUCAAGCAACAAAGGAUUGUCUUACUCUCUGCCACUCCCAGCCUAAGAUUCUGGUCACAAGCCUGGGAACCCUGCUCCACAGUCCAGGUGUCAGGGCUCCUCUGUGGGAAAGUGCCAGGUGUCCUCUAUCUGGAAGCCUCCUCAGAAUCCUAAUAAACACUUUCCUUUAACUCA